AUGAAGCCAGCGGGAGUGUUCCUCCUGCUCCACCUCACUGCUGUGGGUCUGGGGUCAGGACUCGGGGCUCAGAGGAACGAGACUCACUUCUUUCCCUCUUACAUGAUGCGUCUGUAUCGCAGCUUCAGCACCAAUCAGAGUCCAGCAGUGGCAUCUUCAUCAUCUUCAUCAUCUUCAUCAUUAUCACUUCAUCACCUCCAGCAUCUUCACACAGAUGAGGACAGAGCUGUGAGAGCCGACACAGUGCGCAGUGUCACUCCCCGGAAUUUAGUUUUCCAAGACAGAAACUGGAUCGCGACCUUUGACCUUUCCACCUUGCUCUCCGAGCGCCACAUCCAGGCAGUGGAGUUGAGGAUCCGCGUUCCCAUGGUGACCGGUCAGCCCAACGUGUCUGUGGAGCUGCGUCACGGUCAGGACUGGCCGUGUCCCAAACGCAGCGUGUGUGUGGAGGACCAGUCACUGGGGUUCCUCCCAGAAUCCUCUCUGAUCAGCUCGUCCACUCAGUGGAGAGUGUAUAACGUCACGGCUCGGCUGCUCCGCUGGAUGGACGAGAGGAUGCAGAAAAAGAGGAGGACGAUGAGGACCAAGGUCAGAGGUCGCGGCCCGUCGGGCUUCAAGGCGAAGGCGGGGAGCGAUCAAGCGCUGCUGGUGGUCUUCUCACGCGAAGGCUCCGGGGACGGAGAGCAGGAUAAGGCCAGUCUGCUGCGUACGGCCGAGCGCUCCAAAUUCCUCCUGAGUGCCGAGGGUCAGGUGCUGAGGAGGGUGAAGAGGCAGAAGAGCCGCCGCAAGAAUGAGAAGAAUGACAGAGAGAAAGAGAACGAGAAGAAAAACCUCUGCAGGAGAGUGGACAUGCAUGUGGACUUCAACCAGAUCGGCUGGGGCUCCUGGAUUGUCUUCCCUAAAAAGUACAACGCCUACCGCUGUGAGGGGGCGUGUCCCAAUCCGCUCGGAGAGGACUUCCACCCAACAAACCACGCCUACAUGCAGAGUUUACUGAAACACUUCCAGCCGGGUCGCGUCCCCUCCCCGUGCUGCGCUCCCACCCGCACCAGCGCCCUCAGCAUGCUCUACUAUGAGAACGGAGAGAUGAUCCUCAGGCAUCAUGAAGAGAUGGUGGUGGAGGAGUGCGGCUGUCACUGAGGGAGCGAGGGAUCAUGCUUCUACACCUCUGUCUGAGAGAAGGAGAGAAAAAACGACAACACUAACCUACCUAGUGUACUGGACGUCCAGUAGGGAGCUGUGUGCUGCCCGGGUCAGUGCACUAGAUACGGAGCGUAAGGCAUGUGGUCACUGUGUGAGGUCACUACACGGGCUGUUCCUACAGUCAUACUUUAUA